GAUGCAAGAAUGGAUUUAAACUCUUUACUAUAUGUCAUCUUCGUUGUUUUAAUCAUUUCGGCAAUUUUAUCGAUAUUGUAUCAUCACUAUAUUUUUCGACGAAAAUUCAAAAACAUUCCUCAAUGCGGUGGAUUUCCCUUUGGCGUGAUAUUUGAAGUAAUAAACCUAACGGACUAUGAAAUUGUAAAAUGGUCGACUGAACGUAUGUUACGCUUUCAAAAAGGAAUCUAUAUAUAUUGGAUGGGUACAAAACCGUUUGUUAGUCUUCAUAAACCUGAAUUUUUAGAGUUGUCAGUAAUGCCAUUGUUGCUACUUCAUAUUAAAAUAAAGGACUACGGCAGUUUGAGCCCCGAUAUUACUAUAGUAUCAUUAAUCGAUAAAACAGCAAUGGGUGUGGAUGUACAUGCUCAAGAAGUUGAAACCAAUUUUACCUCAACAAUACAUAGGAAUUCUAUAUUAAUACGCGACCGAAUGUUUCAACCGUGGCUUUGGCAAGAUUGGAUAUAUAAUUUAGUUCCUUCAGCAAAGGAAUAUAAUUCAGGGGUUAAUAGGUUGCAUAAGUUCACGAGAGAAAUAGCACGACAAUCGCACGACAAUACCGCCUAUUCAGAAAAGGAAGACGAUGAUGAAUUUAUAGGUAAGCGGAAGAGGAAAGCUUUUCUGGAUCUGUUACUAGAUCAAAAUGAGAGAGCUGACACUCCAUUAACCGAUGAUGAAGUAAGAGCACAAGUAGAUACAUUUAUGUUCGAGGGUCACGACACAACUGCAGUCGCAAUAACUUGGACGCUUUUUCUCUUGGGUAAUAAUCUCGAGCAUCAAGAAAAAGUUCAUGAAGAACUCGAAGAAGUUUUCAAAGAUUCCGAGACACCAGCUAGUGUAAAAGAACUAUCGCAAUUAAAAUACCUCGAUAGAGUCAUAAAGGAAACGCUCAGAUUAUAUCCAAGUGUACCUAUGGUCUUAAGAAAUUUAACGGAAGAUGUAAAUCUAGGUGAUUUUACGAUCCCGAAAGGUGUUACAGUUGAAAUCGAUAUUUUAUUAAUGCAUAGGAAUCCAAAAGUUUGGCCAGAUCCAAACAAGUUCGAUCCGGAUCGCUUCCUUCCGGAGAAUUCGAAUAAUAGAAAUCCAUAUGCCUAUGUUCCGUUUAGCGCUGGACCGAGAAACUGUAUCGGCCAAAGAUUUGCUUUACUCGAAGAGAAAACUAUAUUAACAGCUAUUUUGAGAAAGUGGAGAUUGAAAAGUGUAAAAAAGCCAGAGGAGGUUGAAUACGGACCAGCUCUCAUUUUACGACCAACCGAAGAUGUGUUCGUUCAUUUCACGCCAAAAAAUAAUUAAUUUAUAUAUAAAUAUAUAUAUAUA